AUGAAGUUUACCGUUGCCCUCGCGGUGCUGGCCGGCUUGGCGGCCGCCGCUCCGCAGCAGCUCCGUCAGCGCGGCCCGCACGAGCGCUCCGCGCGGCGCAACCGCACCAACCAGCGCGUCGGCGCGCCCUUUACCACCAGCCCUCACGGCGUGCGCUCGCAAACCUCUUCCAACUGGGCCGGCGCCGUCAAGAACGGCAAAGGCAUCACCAAAGUCGUCGGCACCAUUACGGUGCCGACCCCGCGCGGCGGCAGCAGCCAGCAGUCGGGCGCCGCCUGGGUCGGCAUCGACGGCGACAGCUGCCAGGCGGCUCUCCUGCAGACGGGCAUUGAUUUCUACGGCGACGGCAGCUUUGACGCCUGGUGGGAGUGGAUCCCGGACAAUGUCGUGUUUUUUAACAAUUUCCCGCUGAGCGUCGGCGACGAGAUUUACAUGGAGGUGGACGCGUCGUCCAAGACGACGGGCGUGGCGGUGCUGGAGAAUAAGACACAGGGCAAAAAAGUGACGCACACGUUUACAAAGACGCCGUCGACGCUGUGCGAGACGGACGCCGAGUGGAUUGUCGAGGACUUUGCGGACAACUUGGCCGGGUUUAGCGAAAUCGUCUUUACAAACAACUCGGCCGUGUCGUCGGCCGGCGUCAUCACGCCGGCGGGCGGCACGGUGAUUAAUCUGGCCAAGGAAGGCACGGGCCCGCUGGAGACGGACUGUGGCAUUGAUGGCGACGACGUCUACUGCAAGUACAUUGGCAAGUUGUAA